UCGACGUCGCACGUGCGGCCGGGACGCACCAACACCGGACUACCCAAUCGCGUAUUUCACGUGAACGUAUGAUUAAACUUCAGUGCUAAAAUGUGAAACUUUAAUACGUGAUACGGUUAAUGAUGUGCCACGUUCAUUAGUGUGGUGUGAUUUACAAUUGAAUUUUGGUUUCAAUGAAAAUUAAUUAAAGACUGGCUGGAUUUUCCUAAUUAAUUCCUGUGGUUGAGAUCCUGCCUAACUCCGCAUGAGACUUCAAAAGGAGACUUCUGAAGACAGUGCAAUAAUGGCUUUCAGAACCAAAUUACUUACUAACAUUUCUUGUUUACGAAACUGACAGUGUAAUAAAAAUGGCGAGAAGAACAGGUCUUCUGGUAGUGUUGUGGGUGGCGAUCUUCCCCCUGUACCGAGCUGAUAACUUGGAACUGCUCUUGGGCACUCUUCGAACGCACCAGAAGGCAGCUUGUGAUGAAGAGAUGGUCACACUCAUUUGUCCUCGCGGCACGACCAUUAGCAUCCAAGUCGCCCAGUAUGGAGCUUCAGCUUCCCAAGGAUCCUGUGCCUCAGACCUGGCGGAGUAUCAGCCCGUAGCUGUGGAAGUCGUUGGAGACACGUCCUGUGUAUGGCCUAGUGCCUUACAGUAUUCCUUGUUACAGACUGUGGUGGAAGCUUGUCAGAAGAAGCGACAGUGUAAAUUUCACACGAGCCCCAAGGCGUUUGGCGUGGAUCCCUGUCCGGGUUCUAGAAGGUUCGUCGAGGUCGCCUACAAAUGCCGUCCCUAUGAGUUCCGUAGUAAAGUCGGUUGUGAGAAUGACGUCCUACACCUGAGCUGCAACCCUCACUCCAGGGUGGCGAUCUACUCAGCCCAGUAUGGCAGAACAGAGUACGAUUCCAUCCAGUGCCCACAACCUAGAGGAAUGAAGGAAGAAACCUGUUUGGAGCCAUAUGCUACGGAGACGGCGAUGAGGGAGUGCCACGGCAAGAGAAGAUGUGUUCUCUCAGCUGACAGCAACAUGUUCGGCAGGCCGUGCCGAAGCGGGAGUCGAACCUACCUCAAAGUUGUUUACACUUGUGUUCCACGUACGGUGUUAAAGGAGAGGUACGAGAGUGCCCCUGAAGAGGACGAGGUUGCUCACGACGUGUCUGAUCUUGAGCACGAUGAAGUCGAUGAGACCAACGAUCGUUGGUGGGGUGAAUCAGCAGUGCCACCCGCGCCUGCAGUAGCCGCUGUUCCACCCCAGCGACCUUCCAUGUCCACCAGCCUCAAUAUUACCAGCAUCAGCAGAGACGAGCCGUCACCGUCAACGCCUAGACAUCAUCUGGCUAAGGAUGAUCAAUUCGACAUGAUGUACGUAUACAUCAUAGCUGGCGUGGCUGUCAGUCUCCUGCUCUGUAUAAUCCUGGGCAUCAUUCGCUGCGUCAUGACCAAACAAACGUCCGACCAGCCAAAAGGCCCAGACGUGUCAGCCACCACAGAAAUCCCCAACGGAUUCAACGACAGCAUAUCCGAAGUUGACAACGAUAUCAACAUAACUAGCCUAUCUGGCCCCGUCGACACUGUUGACUCGGGAAUCAAGCAAGACAUACAGUACACCAACGUUGCUCUUAGUCCCAAAAUCAAUAAAUAUGUCGGCAGACCAGUACCUAAUACGUAUCCUCAUGUGAGCACUAAUAUGUACGGACAGGUGGCCGAAUUCCCCAUAGAAAUGCCUCUUCGAACUAUGCCGCAUGGCACGUUAGGGCGCGGAGUUGCGGUCAAAACUCUGCCAAGAGUUCAAAUACAAACUGAAACGGACCCUAACACGAGGAGUUUAUAUCGAUAUUCCAACGCCCAGUACUACUUCGGGUGACAACAAGACAAAAGCCAGGGUUCGGACGUAUCCAGGACUUACUGUUUCUAGUUGAAUCGUGUAGUGAAGUGUAUAUAGUUCACGGACUAACUAGUGAAGUUUGUAAUGUUCUACUUUUAAAUACGGAAACUGUGAUAUUAAUUGAAAACUUUCCUAUUGUACUGCGAACAGUUUUCCAACUGUAGACACAGAAAGACAGUGCGGUUGUUCCUCCGUUGUGAAUCGAGAGAUGGAUCGUUGUUGGCAGAACUUUGUUACACUGUGUUGACCUCUUGAUAACUAACUAUUGUUUUGUAUGUCGAACGAAUCAGUGUGUUCAUUUAUGUAUUCACAUUGUUUCUCUUGGGAGUUACACGUAGUUGAAGCCGUUGUAUAAUUAAUAGCUAUACGUUCAGUUAUACAAAUUUCCUACACAUAGGAACUGUAUGGACAGCCUGGCCGGAAUAUUUGUACUUUGGUUCCUUGCCAGCUGUCAGGAUCGUGCUAAAAAGCCAAAAAUUCUUUAUUUAUUGUUUACGCUGUGUACAUUUAUUUUUCGAACACUUUGCUUUGGUAGCGUAAAUCUUUAAUGUCUUAUGUAAAAUAAUAAUAUUGUAUCCUAUGUUAUUUUAACACUCAUUGCUAGUUAUAGUAAACGAUAUAUUUAUGUUGAUAGUUUUAAUUAUCGAUGUCAUUUUGUCACUCAAAUAGCUAAUUAUAAAGAUGGCAGAUGUGCAAACAGGGAGUUAAUUAGAAAUGAAAUUAUCGUUUUAUAUGAAAUACUGUUUGUUGGUUCGUUGUAUUGGUAAUUGCUUUUUGUGUCUACCAGUGACGGAUUAUUGACUAAGAGUUGUAAAAGUUAUGGAAAUGAUUUAUAAUUGGUUGGUAAAUAGGGUUAUAGUUUGUACGUAUUUGAUUUUAUAAUAGUUACUCGACUGUGUAAAUUGGGUUAAACAUACAGAGAACCCUUUUCUGAUAGUAUGAUGUAAGCCAUGAAAAACAUAAUAAAGUAAUGUUAAGGUAAAUAUUGAAAGUUUAAGGUAAAUAUUACUUGUUUUGGACUUUAGAAGUCAUUUUGCGGAAUUAAAUUCCUUUUCUUAUAUUUAUACAAAUACAAAAUUCAAAUUACCAAAAAAGUUUACAAUAUCAAUGUUGUUUUCAUAGUUCCGAUACGUCAUGAUACAAAAUCAAUUACUUAGUUAAGAUGCCUACAAUAUUAGUUAAUGAACCAAAACUAAAACAUGAAUACACACGCGAGCAAAAAGGCUUGUUAAUUUUACCACGGAUAUGUAGACAUUAGUGGCCGCUGUGUCAAGCUGUGAACUCCUAAUGCGGAAUGUGAGAGGACAAUUUAUGAGAAUACGUCCAGUCACAUUUGCUUUGACACUUCCAGUAAAAUGGCCUUUAAAAAGGAUAGAAGGUUCGUUUAACAGCUGUUUUGUGGUAGACUGUACUUGGACAAUGGAUGCAUAAUAUUUUGGUCUCGAACAUUCCAUUUCUAUUAAUGCUUAAAUCAUGUUGAAUAUUUUUUUAAUACAAUUGACAAGCGUCUUCGCAUUUCUAAGGGUCCUAAGUUUUAAAGAUAUUUUCACAUAACCACAUUAUCGCCAAUGCCUACUAUUACAUUGUGUAUGACGAUGUUUUGAAAGAUCUUUUUGUAAUGCCUGUCACAUCACAACAUUGCAACACUUCGUCGUUCAAAUACACUUUGUUAGUCAUAGCCGGAGAAUAACAUAACACAGACACUACAAACAAUUUCAUUACACUGCAACUUAACAGUUCUCCUAAAUAUGCUUUCAGAAACUCACAAGCUAAAGAUAUCACUUACAUUGUCUGUAACAUGGAUCAAAGAUGUUUAGAUUCUAUUCUAACUAAACGCUAACUCGACACGGCAUCUGUGAACAUAAGGACAUGCAAGUGUACACUAGGGUUUAAUACGAGAUGAGAUACAUGUGCAGUUGUGUGUUCUACGGUCAUUUUGGUAUUGGUUGUCAGAAUAUCAUGUGUCUUAAGGACGCUUGUUGCAAUCCUUGUUUAGGUUUGUUUGUUUGUAACUUAGUCAUAGACCAAAGGGUUUGGAUGUUCAAGAUUGAAUCUUUAAUUGAGAUUGUCAAUGGCAACUUGAUAAUUAUAAUUUGUGUGAAGUGAAAUGAGCAAUUGAGCACGGGGUUGUGGUGGAUGAUAAUAUUCAAUGUCAAAAAUAUGCUCCCAAAAACACAAAACGUAAAUAGAUCACUUACUUUGUCUGUAACAUGUUUAGAUUCUAUUCUCUAUUCUACAUCUGUGAACAUAAGGAACAUAAGUGUACACUAGGGUUUAAUACGAGAUGAGAUACAUCUGCAGUUGUGUGUUCUACGGUCAUUUUGCUAUUGGUUGUCAGAAUAUCAUGUCGUGUCUUGUGGACGCUUGUUGCAAUCCUUGUUUAGGUCUGUUUGUUGGUAAAUUGUAACUCAGUCAUGCGAUUAAGGAUUUGGAUGUUCAGCUGUGAUUGUCCUUAACUGUCAUUGACACUAGCAAUUUGAUAACUAAAUUCGUCUGAGGUAAUUGAGCAUGGAGUUAUGGAUUCAGUUCAUAUAGGUUUUCACAGUUGCGUCUUUAAGUCUAAAAUGCUCAAUAGCUAAAAAUAUUUCUUUGAAAAAAACGACUUCUCGACCCAAUUAAGAAUUAACUUUUCAACUAAGAAACGCUGUUCAAGUCUUAACAUUCCAAAAGAAAAUUUUCAAAAGAAAAUUCCGUCUCAACAAUUUCACAUACAGCUUUUUAUCGCGACAAUCCAAUUAAAAUCUCGUAAAUUGCAACAAAGUUCCGACAACUCGGCUAGUUGAUGUCACGUCACAAAUUAGGAGGCACUCCGAUUCGCCCAGCGUACAAGACUUGGACGUGUUCAGUGUUCACAGACCAAUUAAUGUUCUCCGUGACUCUAACGACGGCGAUGUACCGAAUAAGUGGAUUAUUUCUAAACGGAGAUUUGCUGCCGUACCAAUUGUUGGGAACCAGGAAAUUGCUUUAGCUGUGCUGCUUCAGAUGGUAGAUUUUAUCGGUUCCGUUUUUGCUUUUUUAGUGUAGCUUCGGAUUUAUGUUUACAGUCAUCAAUUUAUCGACUCUGUGAUGUCUGUUGAGUAGUAAAAUCUUGUAUCAGUAGCUAAGCCUGUCCUCAAAAAUCACAAACAAUUGGAAAUGUGAGCAACUAUCCCCUUAAUUCUCACUCAAACCGCAGUAUAACCAUCUUUCUCCAUACCAAAGUAGCGGAUGAUAAAUGUAUGAGAUAAAACGUACCUAUGAGAUAAUACUGAGGAUUAGAGCGCUUGGAUUGUAAAUCCAAUUCUCCCCUAUUGCCGCUCUCGGCUCAGCCGCCGUCUUUUGUGUGAAACGAACUUUGUGAUCGCAUAUUGGUUUAAAACUGUAAUACUUAUUGUGAGAUAUAUCUUCCAACUUGUCACAUGCGGCUACGGUAAAUGCUGAGACUAUUUUAGUCUUUGUAUUUGUUGCAAAUAUAUGACUUUACAAAAAGUAAUUGUGAAUGUAUUUAUUUAAGGAAUAUUUUUUUGACAUAGAUCUGUUUUUCGAUAAUUUGAAGACAUGCAUAAUACCUUUAUGAGUUAAUAGAUUUUGUGGAGGAACUGAAUUCCUUCUAGAGUGUUCCGAGAACACCUGAGUCUAAUUAUUUUGGUCUUAGUAGCCUGAUUAUGUAUGUUAUGAUCUAGGUCUUGUAAGACAUGUUUUAUAUAUUUAUGAUGAUUGUAAUAUAAUUACAGCCCAAAUUAACACAGUCGAGAAAGAAACGUUAUUUUCAAAACGACUGACUGUAAAGCCUAUCCAGAUCACGUUAGUUAAUAUUUUUAAUUGUAAAACUAAUAAAUAUCUAUGUACAGAUAAAUUUUUAUGUCGUACAUCGAUUUAAUAUUAAAGUAAUGCACAUUA